UAAACGCGGAUUUUAAAUCACUUUUUUUCUUCAUCAAACGCAAAUCGUCGUCAGUAAUGAGUUUGUCGCGUUUAGAAUAAUGGGCUUCUUAACGGGCCAAUUCAAGUGUGCCCAAUUACUUCAAAAUCCUAAAUUGGUUGGAUAGGACCAAGAGAAUCAAGACAAGUCUAUUCACGGCAUAUGCCAAAAAGCCCAACUAGUGUAAUAAAAGAAAGAGAGCGUUGCCACCACGAGAGCCCCCACCAUUUCCUUUUUAAAAUUCAAUUCAAUCGCCCACAGUUUCUCACCACUGCGAACCAGAGAGAGACGAAAACCAGAUAGAGAGAGAUGCAAUCGCUGCAGGAGAAGGCAUCGGUGUUGAGCGGCGUCGAUCAGGCUGAGGCGUUUGCCAUCGACGAAUCCAAUCUGUUCGAAAAGCUUGGUCUUCAGGCCUUCAUCAACCUAUCCACCAAUUUCUACACCAGGGUAUAUGACGACGAAGAAGAAUGGUUUCGGUCCAUCUUUUCUAACUCAAACAAAGAAGAUGCCAUCCAGAACCAGUAUGAGUUCUUCGUCCAGCGUAUGGGAGGCCCUCCUUUAUAUUCUCAAAGGAAAGGUCAUCCUGCUUUGAUCGGACGUCACCGUCCAUUUCCAGUGACCCAUCAAGCUGCUGAGAGAUGGCUGCAGCACAUGCAAAAUGCUCUGGAGGACUCAGUUGACAUUGACGAGGACUCAAAAAUCAAAAUGAUGAAGUUCUUCAGGCACACCGCAUUCUUCCUUGUGGCUGGAAACGAGCUGAAGAAUCAGAAUGAGAAACCGAAGCAUAAGCCUCAAUGUGCUUGUAAACACGCAGCCAGUAAACCAGCUGAAGAAUAAUUUAACUACAGAUUCUUGUUCUACUUGAACUUUCAUUCAAAGUACACAAAGAUUCGAGGAAUAUUGGUCUUUACUGGAAAGCAAUGUAAGAGAAAUAGAACUGGUCUUGGCUCUCAAUGCAAACUUGCAAUAGCACUUUUUCAUUA